CUAUUCUUGGAUCCACACCUUCAUUUUAUCAAUAAUAUCGGUCAUAAUGCGAGUAAAAUUCGAUGGCCUGAUUUGAUCAGACAGUUAAUCAGAUUGGCGAAAAAAUGUUUCCGUCAGGACUGGCCUUUAUCUUGGUUUUUUAGAAUUAUUUUUACUUUUACUACAUCACAUCGUAACACACUGACAUAAAACACUUAAUAAUUAUGAACGCAACUGUUAUAGAGGAUAGAUAAAAGUUGUUUCUUGUAGCGGUGACUUGUACAUUAUCAAGUACAGCAACACCACAGUUCGCUGCCGGCUGGGAUUGUGAUCGCCGGCCGGGGAAGAUUUGGUGAACUCGUGAGUGAGAAGGACGUGAUAUUCCGGAAUGCAGUGACCAAUAAUAGAAGGGCCACGUCUCCCGAAGUGCGACCACUACGGCAUGCCUUCAUUCCGUACUCCCAGAAUAGACUUGUGCGCCGGCAAAAAUACAGGAAUAAACAUCGCAAAGCCAAGAAACAUUCUAGGGUACAGAUCAGCUGAAAAUGGCAGUGAACAAGAAAUAUAUGGACUUGUACCUUACUGAGGUGUACAAAAAGUUCAUAGCUAUCAAGGAUGAUGAUUAUAAAAAGUCACAGGAUAUUUUCAAAAAGGUGUUUGACCAGGUCAAACAGAAAAUGGGCGAAAAUUGCAACUACUUCAGCAAGUACAGCAAGGAGGUCCUAUACGGCGGGAGCGUAUCCGACGGCAUAAAGGUGUCAAAACUGGACGAGUUCGAUAUGGACAUCGUGAUCCGCCUCCCCAUCAACUACGAGCAAGGUGACGACGGGAUCUGCCUUGAGACGGAUAUUCCCGGCUACGUUAGGAUGAAGAUCACGAAUGCCUUUGACCAUUUGGAUAAACAGCCGGAUUGGGAGAAGUGUCAUAAGGUCACUAGAGAGUGGAGGGACAAUGACAAAUACUUCCUUCAGAACAAGUUCCGCGCCUGGAUGCACGGCAUCGUGCAGCGCGCCGUCAACGACAUGAAAGGGGAGGUCCGGGUAAACGGGGACCUGUAUCUGCUCAGUUAUAAGUCAUCUGGCCCAGCGUUUACUUUGAAUGUGAAGAACGGGCCUGAUGUUGCCCCGUUCACGUUGGAUGUGGAUCUGGUGCCGGUUAUAAGGUUUUCGGUACCACGAUGGCCUGAAGGAUACAGACAAAUAGAGGGCAGCCAGUGUCGCGACUGGCUGGUGGUGCCUAAACCCAACAAGGGCCUCGAGGACACGCAGCAGAACCGGUGCUGGCGGCUCUCCUUCCAGGACUUCGAGAGGGACAUGAUGAAGGGGUGCCAGCAGCUCAAAAGCACCAUACGAUUGUUAAAAAAGCUGCGCGACGCACUCGGCCUCAAAUACAUCGCCAGUUACUACAUCAAAACCCUUUUCCUCUGGAAAAUCACUCAAGAAAACGACCGCAAAUAUUGGCAGAACAAAAUCUCCUUCCUCUUCCAAACCAUGCUCGAAGAGCUACACAGCGCCAUCGAGAAAAAAGAGAUCAAAUAUUAUUGGAAUGAAGAACUCAAUCUCAUAGAGGGUUUAAGACCAUCCUUGCAAAAACUCUACGCUGAAAAGUUACUAGAAGUGAUAAAUUCUUUAAAAGCAGGCGCUAUUGAGAAAGUAGUAGCCGCUUUGCUGAACGCUGAGGAACUCGCGGAAUAUAAGGAGUCCGAGUUUUAUGAACAACAUUUGGCCGUUCUUAAUAAUGCUACGCUCAAACACCAGAGUUCAGUGAAAUCUGUAAGUAGCAAUUGCAGUAAUGGGAAUCAGGACGACGUUACUGACGCAAAAACCACACAAAUUGACGCGCUCGGUUUAAAAACCCUUAUAUCAAAGAUGGAUAAGUUGUCAGACAAGUUUGACAAAAUGAGUGUGUGUCUGUUGGAUAAAGUCGACGCGUUGUCGGAUAAAGUUGACGCUUUGGUAGAUAAAGUGGCGCUGCAGGAGAUGAAAUUGGAGGGUUUGGGCAAAAAGAAGGUUGAGAAUGAUAUGGUUUUGAAUCUUCUUGGCGCGGAUCCGCUGCCGGGGGGUUUUGCAGAUGUAGUACAUUAAGCAAACUUGUAUUUGCCAAGGCUCGGAACCGGUUUUUUCUUCAUACAAAUAAUACCGGUAUUAUUACGUUCUUUUUCGUUCUUUGGUUUAUUAUUUCAUUUUUAAUGGGACUAUCUAAUAAUGCGAAGUUGUUACCUAAAUACAUGAUCCAGUUCUACGUAAAGAGUAUAAAAUAAUUAAAAAUAUUUUGCUAUAUCGGGAUUUAAAAAUAAACCGGUUCCGAGCCCUGGUAUUUGCACAGUUAAGGUACAAGCUGGAACCCGGCGACGUAUCGCGACUGCAGACAACACAUCGCGGCGACACGACUGGUUUCUAUGUAUGCAACGACACGAAGUAUGUAAUCAGUAUUGCCUGUCUCGCUUUCACUCGGGACCAACUGCAUAUAGCGCUACCGUACUGCAGUCGGGGUCGAUAUUAUAACAGCGACAUGACGCUGUAAUAUUUUUGUACAUAGAGACAAGUCCCUUAAUGUGUUUCCGGACCGAUAUGACCUUUCAUUUCCUUCAAAAAAAGAGCGUACUCCAUCUUAAAUGCUGGCAACGCACUUGCAACCCUCUGGUGUUGCAGGUGUCCAUGGGCGACGGUAUUUGCUUAGUAUCGCGCGUUUCGUCUCCUUGUUUGCCUAUUAUAUCAUUUAAAAAAGUAAGACUAUUAGAGAUGGGUGGAUGGGUACCUUGUACGUGUAGUCUCAUCCGCUACUAAUUAAUUAUACUAUACAAUCGCCGUCAGUAAUAUCGGAGUAUGUGCUCAUUAAUAUCUAAAGCCGGAUACACAUUUGUCUGUCGUGUUGUAUUGUGUCGUGU